AUGUUACUAUAUCAGAUAUUAGUGGUUACUGUAUACAGUUUAGCCUAUUCUACAGCUUACCCACGCGACGCUGCCUCUGUCCCAUAUCAGAAAAACGUCAGGACCAGUCUUCAGGAAGCUAUUGUGUUGUUCGUAGAUGCAAGUUUAAAGAAUUUGGGCAAGAAAAUUUCGGUCAUGGACAGAAGGUGCGAUGUUUUGGAGGCGAACUUAAAACCUCCGGAUUGUGUUGGCGAUUUGGAGACGUGUCAGAACGCGUCUUUACCAGAAGAUUUAAGGGAGAUUAAACCUGUCAUGGAAGCAAAAUUGAAAAUGUUCACUAAAACACUUAACACGUUUUUGAAUGACCUCCGUAAAUUACGGGCUGCAAAGGACGAGCUACGGAGACGCGCACUAAACACAACACCGAUACCGAUACCGACCACCACAACUGAUGAGGUAGAGGAAUCAGGAUCGGCGAUGCAGGGAGAUGCUGUAGAUGACGACGAUGAUUAUAGUGACUACACAGAUGAAGGUACCGUGAGCUGUCCUCCCGGUUGGAUACUGAUAACUGGUUUCUCCAAAUGUUAUUACGUUUCAAAGAGAAACGAGAAAGCCAACUGGAAAACAGCACAGAAAUUUUGUUCGAAAAGGGGAGGAAAGCUGGUAGAAAUAAAGACGGAUGCUGAAGCAGCUGUCCUGAAGGAUGCAGUUAUCCCCCCUCUGAGUGUAUAUCACUAUGCGUAUGUAGGAAGGAGAAAAAUGACGGAUUCCAAUACAUGGGUAUUUCUGUCCAAUGAAGAACCAGUCGAUUUGUCAGUACGGUCCUGGCACAAGCCGGAAGUGAAGACGAGAAAUGACUGCGGCUGUGUUAGCCGAGACUCCGAGUUCAAUAUGGUAGACUGUGUCUGUACAGGCAUCAAAAUGUAUUUUAUUUGUGAAAAAUGA